GAUUAUAAACAGUAUUUUCAGCUGUCAGUUACCAGUGGUACCCCCAGUCUCUAUGUGGAUCAUCAGAGGAUUACAGGAUAUAUUGGAGAAAGCAUAACCAUCAGAUGUCACCACAGUAACUCUGGAGAAAUGAAGUGGUGCAGGCUGGGCAGGAACUGUGUGACAGGAUCAUCUGGAUCCAUAGAUGGUGCAGCAGUGACCACUCAUAUGAGAGACCCAAAUGUUUUCACAGUGACCAUGAGUGGACUAAAGUCAGAGAACAGUGGCUGGUAUUGGUGCGCUAAAGGGGACAUUCAGAUACCAGUAUAUUUAAAUGUUACUGUGAAACCGAUCACUACCACUCUCCCUACUACUACUACUACUGCUAGUACUGCUAUUUCUACUACUAUUCAUACUGUUGCUGAAAAGGGAACAAUGGAACAUGGGAAAAAUUCUACACUAGGGGAAAAUAAACAACACAGAGCUUCAUUUGACCCAAGGAUCCUCAUCAUCCCUGUGAGUGUGUUGAUCUGGAUUGUAAUUGUGGUGUUGUUCAUCUGGUUUAUACUGAGACACAAGCAGAGGAAAGCAGACUCAUCAGUCACGCCAACGGCUGAAGAGGAAAUAAUAUACUCUGAUGUUAGACCCAAGAAAAGAAGUUUAGCCAAGGUGGACAAGGAAGUAACAUACUCUGAAGUUAGACUCUACGAAAAAGGGAAGAGGUCAUUUGCUGAAAGUGAAACGAAAAUCUUGUACAGUUCUGUUGUUACGAAACAACGCAUGAAAAGGGGUGACGGAAAAGACACAGGAGUUACAUUAGAGCACAUUAGCUAAUCAGAAUUUAAAUGAUUAAAUAUUAAAACAUUUGCAAUUUUAUCUAUUUUAUCUGUACCUAUGUUACUGGAGUCUUAUGGUGCAAUGUCUUAUCUGUUGCCAUCAGCUUGUUAUUAGUAAAUCUUUUCUUCUUCUUGCUAACUUUUUUCCUGCGUAGCUGUAAAGUGGCUCAAAGAAGCAUUGACCCGUUUGUUUGCUCUUUUUCAGGAUCAUUAAUAUUAUUCUUGGUUCU